UUUCCAUUUACAUUUUAACACUUAAAUGUUGUGAAUAAGAAAGGACACCUUCACAUGGAAGUAAAACCACAGAGAAGAGAAAGUAGCCUUUUCUUUUUGUCACCUUCAAUCCCUCCAUUUUCCUUCUUCCAUUGCCAAAGGGAAGACCAAACAAACACUCUGCCUACCUCUUCCAACUGUUAGCCCUAACCCUUCUCUUCUUAUAACACAGAUCCCUCCAUCUUCAAACUUUUCAUCUUUAAUUUCCUUUUCGAUUUCUUCGUUUUCGAUCAAGUUUUAUGCAGCAAUGAGGAGCAUAGCAACUUGUUACAGUGAACAUGCCAUAAAAGUAUCAGAUUCAUAUUGUUCAGGGCCUUCAAACCGGGCUUAUGUGACCCCAAGAUUGGCCCCUUCAAUCCCAAAUGAGGUUACAUGUAUAUACAGAGCCAAGCUCUCAACCCAGAAGCAUCUCCUCAUCACACUCACCUGGUACAACGAAUUUUCAGGCCAAGGCCUCAAAAUCAGCAUUGGGGACAAAGAAAAUACCUCUUCACCAAUAUCCAAAUUCAAUUCCAGUUCAUAUCAACUGCAAGGUCAAAAGGGUACCAGGACAUUCCAAUCCUGCAAUUCAAAGAUGGAAGUUUUCUGGGAUUUGUCCACUGCUAAUUAUGAUGGAGGACCAGAACCAAGCAAUGGGUUUUAUGUGAUGGUUUUAGCAGACUCAGAACUUAGCCUGCUUCUUGGGGACAAGGUUGAAGAAGUGCUUGAUUUGGAGAAAUACAAAACCAUCAUUUCUCAGCCAAAAUUCUCAUUGGUUUCUAGGAGUGAGCAUUUUUCUGGCAAUGCUGUGUAUUCAACCAAGGCUCAAUUCUGUGACAGAGGAGCUGCACAUGACAUCUUGAUCAAGUGUGACAGAGACGACGAAGGCGGCUCGAAAGGCCCGGUGUUAUCGGUCUGCAUUGACAAGAAGAAAAUAUUUCAAGUGAAGAGAUUGAAAUGGAAUUUCAGAGGGAACCAAGCAAUUUUUUUGGAUGGUUUGCUGGUGGAUAUGAUGUGGGAUAUUCAUGACUGGUUGUUCAAUCCAAAAUCUGGUUCUGCAGUUUUCAUGUUCAGGACAAGGAGUGGAUUGGAUAGCAGGCUGUGGCUGGAAGAGAAGAUUUUGGAACAGAAGGGACAAGAAAGAGCUGAGUUUUCUUUGUUGAUCUGUGCCUGUAAGAGCCCUGACUGAUUCUUUGUUUCCCCCUCUUUUUUUAUUUAUUUAGUGAACAGAAAAAAUAUUAUAUUAACAUUGACUUUAUAAGUUC